AUGUUCACUCAUCAGGCACUCGCCACUAGCCCCUUCGCAAACCUAUCGGAUGAGCUCAUCGUAUAUUUUACACUGUUUUUUGAGCCCAAUGAUUUACUACAGCUAUCAGAAGUAAAUUCUGUAUUCUAUGUGUUCUGCCAGGAGGAUCCGCUCUGGAUGGGCCAGUGUCUGCGUCUUCACAACGGCGAUUUUUCGUAUCACCACAACUGGAAACUCACAACCUUCUACCCGAAAGACCCGCGGCCGCUGGAGCAGCUCGAAAAGGUAUUCCGUCCUGUGGUCAUCAAGGGAUUCAGCUCAGACUUCUUGUAUCGCCGCUGGUGCCGUUGCCACAUGGAGCUAGGUGACACAUUUUUGAUCCCCAGCGAGCUGCAAGAUCCGACAAUUCGCAAGCUGCAGAAGAUUGACAUUCAGGACCUGACGUUCAAAGACUUUUAUGAGCAAUAUUCAAGAAUGCCAUUUAUCAUUCGAAAUGCUAUCGGCAAGUGGAAGGCAUCGACAGAGUGGACGACUCAAAAGAUGGCUCAAAGGUUUUCAGAUGACAUCAAACAUCGCAUCACGCACAAUUUGGACAUCACGUCAGGCAGUUCAAAAAUAGAAAUGACUUUUGCGGACUAUUUCAACUAUGCUAGCAAGCAGAAUGACGAGACACCAUUAUAUAUUUUUGAUGCUCGUUUCGGUGAAAAGAUGCCAACAAUGCUGGAAGACUACAAUAUUGAAGAUUUAAAGGUAUUUAAGGAGGACUUUUUGAGUGUCAUUUCCAGUCCAAAGAAUGAAAAAUUAGAUGCUGGUAUGGCGGAGACGGUAAAAGGUGUGAAGCUGGAGGCAGGGGGUAAGAAAUCGAGAAAGCACAAAAUUUUAAAGCGUACGGCUAUGUCUAAAAGACCAGACUUUCGAUGGAUCGUCAUCGGACCUCAACGCACCGGUGCUUCGUGGCACCAGGAUCCUGCUAGAACGUCUGCGUGGAAUUCGCUGAUUAAAGGACGUAAAAGAUGGGCAAUUUAUCCGCCAGAGUCUCCUCCACCGGGUGUGUUCGUUAGCAAAAACGGCGAGUACCGUGAAAGUGCGCUGGACAUGCCGUCCCUUAUGUGGUUUUUGCACAUAUACCCCACACUUACUCCGGCGGAAAAGCCGCUUGAGAUCAUUCAAGAGGAGGGCGAAACCAUAUAUGUCCCUAACGGAUGGUGGCAUCUUGUGUUGAAUUUAGAUUUUUCGAUUGCAGUUACCCAGAAUUUCGUGGAUUCUCACAAUAUUAUGAUGUUCAUCAAGGACCGUCUUUUCCAUGGACAAGACGAACGAUUAAUGAUGCUUCAGCACAAGUUGCGGGCAACCCGACCGGAAAUAUUUGACCUAUUUCGUAUCGCUCAGAUUUAUCGAGCGCGCGGGUACAUGGACGAGGACAUGUAUCAGCGGUCGUUUCACAUUCUUGAAUUUUGGAAACCUUAUUUAAAAAGGAUUUUGAAGCGCUAUAAGGCACUGGGUCAACCAAGUAGGACCAAUGACUCAACAAAUUCUGCGACGAAAAUGAAAUACUCAAAAAUGAAGAGCCUUACGUCCCGCGUAAAUCCGACAUUUGCAAUUGGAAACCGCUUGCUUGUCAAGUUUUUUAGCCAGUACAAUGAAAAUUGGGGGGAAUUCGAUUUUGAGACAUACAUGACUCCAAAUUUUGAUUUUGCUGAAAGUGAUAUUCAAGCUUCAUGCAAGCGUCGCAAGCAGAAUUCUUUGCAACCUCAUGAACUCAAGAGCACAAUGUCCUUGCGUUACGCUAUGGAAGAGUGCUUUCGGAUUGAGAGGGCUGUCUAUGAAAUGAUAGAAGUUUUGACGAGCUCAAAUGAUGAGCAAGACUCGCUCCGAACAGCGAUUCCCCGCCUGUAUCACUCUGGACAUCUUUUCUAUUUGGACGAAGUUGAACAUGGCGAUGAGGAAGGACCUGUGUGGCGAUGGCCGUACGUUGUCAUCGAGUACAAGAGCAGCAGUGUCAGCCUUAAGUCGAUUGCGAAGAAGGGAGGUGCCACGCGUUCAUCCUGGACAACUUUGGCGAGUUGGAUCGGUCGAAAACUAUUGCCAAAGCUUCACGCCGUACCUAUAAAUUCCAGCUUCAUAGGAUUGUAUGGCCACAGUAAGGCUGAGUGGGGCUGGUAUAUCCAUUAUUUGCUUCGUCAACGGAAGCGUUCCGUUUCGUUCCACUUGACAGAAACUGGUCUUCCUGCUCACUUGCUAAAUUUACUCGAAAAGUUUCUUCCUGCUGCAAAUAAGGAUGCUAUCGUUUCGGAGCUGCUUCCUAUACGGCCGUCAGAUGUGAAACCUGUGUUACUUCACGGUGACUUGACUGACGAAAACAUCCUUGGAGACGUGCUUGAUGAUGCACAAUCCGAUAUCGCCAUGUCAACUAUAGAAAAUGACGCAUGUGACCGUUUUUCGAGUUUGUCAUCUUUCCUGACCUCUGUGGGGUGCCAAAAAUAUAUCCCGCUACUUGUAGAGCAGGAGGAGUUGACACUUGAAUCCUUAGGCCUUUUAAGUGAGGCUCAUCUAAAGGAUUUGGGUGUUCCUUUAGGACCUCGUCUUGCAAUCUUGAAGGGAAAAAUACCUGUGACCACUCUUGCUCGUAUUGAAGAUGAUGGAAGCAACGAUCGUCCAAAUAUUGAAGAGAUCUGGGAAUCGAGCAGUAGUAGUAGCAACAGCUCCGAUGAGGACGAAGUAAGCGACCCCACCUCUGUUGGACCAACAUCUAUCGAAGCAAAGCGCAAGGAACGAUACAUUGGAUUGAUCAACUGGACUCCGACAACUGUGAUAGAUUUCGCAGACGCUAAAACUGGUGAUCCGCUGUUCGAUUUGGUUGCUGUAUUCUUUGCUGCUUUGCACUGCGAUCGUGAACUGUGGAAAGAAACACUGGCAUCUGAGUACUGGCAAAAUUACAUUCAUCGGGAUACGGCGGCUAGCCCAUUGCGUCGACGUCGCUUGCGGGAACGCUUUUUACAACUUGUGCUUUUGCAUCCUAGCCGAGCAAUUGUUAAGCUUACCUAUGAUGAGCACUUUGCAAGUGUUUGUUAG